GUCUCGCUACCAAGAUGACCAAGAAAAGAAGGAAUAAUGGUCGUGCCAAAAAGGGCCGCGGCCACGUGCAGCCUAUUCGCUGCACCAACUGCGCCCGUUGUGUGCCCAAGGAUAAGGCCAUUAAGAAGUUCGUUAUACGGAACAUAGUAGAGGCUGCCGCCAUCAGGGACAUUUCCGAAGCAAGCGUCUUCGACGCCUAUGUGCUUCCCAAGCUGUAUGUGAAACUACAUUAUUGUGUGAGUUGUGCCAUUCACAGCAAGGUAGUCAGGAAUCGUUCUCGUGAAGCACGGAAGGACCGAACACCCCCACCCCGAUUUAGACCUGCAGGUGCUGCCCCACGACCUCCACCAAAGCCCAUGUAAGGAGCUAAGUCCUUAAGGACUGAAGAAAAGCUGUUCUCCAGAAAAAAAAUAAAUGGCGAUUACACUUCAAAAAAAAAAAAAAA